GAAAUGCGGAGCAAGGUCGAGGCUGAAAAGUUUUGUGACUCCCAACCCGCCUUCUUCAAGUGCGGCUUGUUCGACGGGUUUCCUCUAAUUUGAACCCCAGUGUCGCUCACAACCCGAGAGCGCCAAAUUUCUGGAUCGAACUACAUACCUCAAAACUGACCUGGGAUUGCCGCGAAACCUGGCCCCUCGUUUUGGGUUGAGUCUACAGUCGGCUCGACGCCAGCCGAACUGAAGAUGGCAGGCCUCGCCUCUCCGGCCGUGGACGGCGACGAUGCCGCUAAACUCGCCGUAUUGAAGGAGACUCUGUACGAUGAGAUGCAGCAACAUGGCAGCAACGAGCGUCUCUACAACCAGAAGGACCUCAUCGACCUCAACAUCAUCCCAAACGACGACAUCAUCCUUCUGCUCCGAGUGGUCCAACGUCUCUGCGACGACUAUCUCCUCGUGAGCACCAACGAUGGGCGUUCAGGGCUCGCAUGGAGAUGGCGUAGCAAGGAAGAUGCCAGGAAAUACCGAGCCCUCCCGAAUAACGAAGCCGUCAUGGUCUACACGCUGAUCGACGAGGCCUCCUCUGACGGCAUCUGGAGCCGGACGCUCAAGGCCAAACUCAAGAUGCACGAGUCCGUCCUCAAGCAGUGCAUCAAGCACCUCGAGAGCAAGGGGUACAUCACGGACAUGAAGAGCGUCGAGCACCCCAACAAGAAGAUGUACAUCCGCGCCGACCUGCGGCCGUCCGAGCGCGCCACCGGCGGCGCCUGGUACACGGACAACAACCUGGACGAGGCCUUCAUCACCGAGCUCGAGGUCGUCGUCUUCAACUUCGUCAAACUCAAGAGCGCCCACUUCCGGGAGGGCUCCAGGGCGCCCCGGAAGGGCGUCGUCAAGGGCGAGCCCGGCGCCGGCCCCAAGGGCAAGAAGCGCGCCGCGACCGAGAUCUCGGACGAGGCCGGCGGCGGCGGGCCCAGCGCCAACGGCACGCACGCGGCGGGGACUUCGGCCUCGGCCCCGACGACGCCAGCGGCGGGCACACCCGCCCCCGCCCCCACCCGCCAGGCCCAGCACCACCCCCGGAAGGACGCCUUCCAGCCCUACCCGGCGGGCUACAUGCGGUACCCGACGAUCCGCGAGAUCGCGCAGUUCAUCAGCGACAUGCAGAUCACCAACAACACGACCCUGUCGGAGAGCGACGUGCAGCAGCUCGUCGACGUCCUCGUCUUCGACGGCCUGCUCGAGCCCAUCCUGGUCGGCCGCCGCCAGGGCUACCGCGCCACCCGCAUCGCGAGGCAGGACCCCGUCGCCCGCCCUGGUCAGGGCCCCAGGCCCGGCGACGACGGCGCUGCCGACGUCCCGCCCCGCCCGGCCCUCGGCAUAGAGCCACUCUCCAACGCCCUCGUCGAGGCGCCGUGCGGAAGGUGCCCCGUCUUCGACCUGUGCGAGGAGGGGGGGCCGGUCAACCCGACUAACUGCGUCUACUUCCAGCGGUGGUUGGGCCUGGAUUGAAGAUGCUUGCUUGGUGGGUCAACCUGGGAGGAAAUGGUCCCGGGGAGGAAAUGAUGGCGGAGAGGCUCCUGGUACGGAUCUAAGCCCCUGUGCGGAGGACUGAUACUAGUUUUUGCUGAUAUUUCAUGGCAUCGGCGCUCGAGGUUGGGAAGGAAAAGUUGAACAUGUUGACGAGGCGUUAAUACGGGUGAACGAGUAGUCAUUGCUGGCGGCUGACUCCUGAAAUGGCAUUGCAUCUGGUGUAUUAUACUUUAUACAUACCCCCCCCCCCUUUGGUGUAGAAGCGGCCAAGCAAGGCUACUGCGAACGAAGACGAUUCAUCAUCCUUUUGGACGGUCCUUGGCGUGAUGGUGAUUCCCGGAGGUGUCAUUUAGGCUGGGCUGGGCCGGGGCAAAAAGAGCUACGCAUUCAUUCCACAUCCAGAAUUUAGCAUG